AUGGCCAGUCAAGCGGGUCGGGAAGUCCCGCAAAUUCCGCUGGCUAUCAACCAGACCGACGCGGUAGAUCGGGGUUCUACCGUGCGCAGAGCCAGCACACUGUAUCACAAUGAGUUUGAUGACUCGUUUUUGUCCAGAGUACGGUCCUUUUUCAAUCGGGAACCCCAUAUUGGCCAUGUCGGGCGCCAUCCUCUUCGGAGCUCGACCGAAGCUGAGAUCCAUACUUGGGAUGGCCCCGAUGACCCGGACAACCCAUCUAUUCUGACGGGGCUACCAGCCGGGUCCUACGGGGCGGGAAAUGCCUAUAUGGAACAGCGCUUCCAUGUCCAAAACACACCCUUCCCCAACCUGGCGUGGGCUACAACGUCCUGGAAUAUGGGAGCUGCGUUUUGGCCACUGAUAUUUGUGCCAUUGACCGAAUCCUCGGGUCGCAUGCCGGGUUACUUCGUGGCCUAUUUUAUUCUUGUCAUCUCUCUCUUCCCGUCCGCAUUCGCGCAGAACUUUGCUACCCUUGUGGUAACUCGAUUUUUUGGCGGCGGAGCCUCGUCGGUCUCGAUCAAUAUUGUUGGGGGAAGUAUCAGUGAUGUCUGGUUUGGUGACAAAGCUCGCAGCCUGCCCAUGUCAUUGUUUGGUUUCACCAGCGUGGUAGGGAUCGCUUUGGGUCCAUUUAUUGGAGCUGCCAUUCAGGAAAUCCACAAAAGCAGCCCAUGGAGAUGGAUCUUUUACAUACAAAUCAUUUACAAUGCGGCCUUGAUCCCAGUGUUCUGGUUGAUCCUUCGGGAGACCCGUCCCGAUGUGAUUCUGAAGAAACGAGCCAAAAAGCUUCGACGCGAGACUGGUCGUCCCAUCUACGCCGAGGCCGAAUUGGAUACGACCAGCGUGUGGAAACUUCUCCAAAUCUCAUUCGAGCGGCCCACGCGCAUGCUUUUGACCGAGCCCGUUGUCACAUUUUUCACCCUCUGGGUCAGCUUCGCUUGGGGAAUCCUCUUUUUGUUUUUCUCCAGCGUAGGGCAAACGUUUAGCAACAACUACGACUGGGGUACAUUCCAGACUGGCCUUGUCCAGCUAGCCAUUUCGGUGGGAGCUGUGAUUGGCACUGUUUUCAACCCUAUCCAGGACUGGAUUUACCUGCGCUCGGCAAGCAGAAACAAAGAGCAACCUGGGAAGCCCAUUCCGGAAGCCCGUCUGUAUACCUCAAUUCCCGGCAGUCUUCUCUUUGCGGGUGGACUGUUUUGGUACGGCUGGGGGAGUGUUGGUAAUGGAUCAGUUCACUGGAUCGUCCCCACGUUGGGAAUCGGAUGCACCGGUGUGGGUAUCUACUCUAUCUACAUGGCCGUGGUCAAUUACCUGACCGACGCCUACGAGAAAUACGCGGCUUCAGCGUUGUCAGCUGCAUCUCUUGGCCGGAACACUUUUGGUGCUUUUCUCCCGCUCGCUUCUUUUGAACUUUUUGACCGGCUGGGGUACGGCUGGGCCGGGUCAUUGCUUGGAUUUGUGGGCAUCGCACUCUCCGUUGUACCCGUCGUUCUUGUGCUUGCAGGACCCGAGAUCAGGCGGCGUAGCCCAUUUAUGCGCGAGUCCACGUGGGUGUCAAAAGAAGAGCUCGAGGACAAGAAUUCCGAGAGAACUGCGAUUUGA